AUGUCCUCCCUCCCACAUAAGGCACCUGGAACUACCAGCACCGAGGCUGGAAAGGCAGAAUCGUGCCAAGGAUGUCCAAACCAGACAAUUUGCGCAUCUACUACAGGAGGGGCAGAGCAGGAUCAAGGUCUGUUUUCGCAUUCAAACGGUGUAGAUUUACCUUUGAUUCUGGAAAACUUGGCUCACGUCAAGAAUAUCAUUUUGGUCCUUUCUGGGAAAGGCGGUAAUCUAAGUACCAAGCAAGUGGAUGUCACUAACUAUAAGGUCGGCCUUCUUGAUUUGGACAUUUGUGGCCCCUCUAUCCCAAUAAUGACAGGAACUCUAGGCGAAACUCUCCACGUAAGUGGGAUGGGGCUGGAGCCGAUAAGUGUUUUGGACACGCUUUCUGUAAUAUCUAUCUCCUAUAUGCUUCCGUCUGAUGAGUUGGCUGUUGUUUGGAGAGGUCCAAAGAAAAAUGGGCUUAUUAAGCAAUUCCUGAAGGACGUCAAUUGGGCAAAUUCUGAAGAAGAGGCACUUGAUUACCUAAUAAUUGAUACGCCUCCAGGAACUUCGGACGAGCACAUUUCGAUAGCAAAACUUUUGAAGCAGGAAAAUACCUCAUACACCCUUAGCUCUAUAAUUAUUUCUACGCCUCAGGUUUCGAUUCCCAUUUUGGGACUUGUUGAAAACAUGUCUUCUUUUUGCUGUCCGUCUUGUAAAAGGCAAUCAGGGUUAUUUGAGCAACUUGAGGGAUCUGGCUGCCGGAUAUUAUGCAAAAAAAUGGGGCUGCGAUUUUUAGGCUCCAUUCCUAUUGAACCGCUAAUUGGAAAAAUCUGCGACGAGGGCAAAGUCGAAAUGCUUAAAGAGGAUCCCGCUAUCUAUUCAAUAUUUCAAGACAUCAUCAACGCCACAUUAGAGUCGCUUUCUGAAGUAAAUAAAUUAAUGAAUUAA